AUGUCAGGCAGGCCAACGCGACGCGCAACGCGGCGGACUGCCGUCGACGACUCCGAUGACGACGUCAGCAGCAGCGCAAACACCAGCAGACAAACCGAGGACGCCGACGAUUCCAUCCCUGACGCCCCUCAACGGAGAUCGACCAGAGCCACACGAAGGACACCCGCGGCCUCAGCGCCCGCUCCUGCACCGAGAACCACAACUGCGACUCGUGGGAGAGGGCGUCCAAAGAAGACUCCUACUCCAGCACCAGUCGAGCCAGAACCUGUAGCAGAGCCAGAGCAGGAGCCAGAGCAAGAGCAGGAGCAGGAACCAGAACAGGAAAUUGAGGCCGAGCCUGAGCCCGUGAGCACCGUGGAAUUGAGCCAUGUCAGCCAGCAGACCUUUGACGAUACCAUGGUCAAGCACGAAGUUGACAUGGAUGUCGACGAGUUGAGUCAAAUUCCUUCGCCAGCGACACAGCGCAAAUCAAGAAGCGCGCGCCCCUCCACCGCAACAGUUGUGGGCGAUCCUGUUGAAACUCCCCCGACUCCGACACCUCCCACUCCAGCACCCAAGGCUUCAGCAUCCUCUCCAACAGUGGUCAAGCCGCCACAGACCCCUCUAGCUAAUGCCACAUCUACCUUGAAUAUACGCAAGAUGGGCCAGACCACUAUCAAGCCGCCGAGGACCAUCCAGGGCCCCGCAUUCAUUGACAAGCCGAUUGACAUUGUCCUCAAGUCGAGAACGAUGGUGAUUCCAUCUCUCGAGGAUACUACACCCAAAUCACGCAUCGUCAUCACUCACUUGUACUUGACAAACUUCAAGAGUUACGCCGGUCGACAGGAAAUCGGUCCCUUCCAUGCGUCAUUCUCCUCUGUCGUUGGACCCAAUGGUUCCGGUAAAUCAAAUGUCAUUGACUCGCUUCUCUUCGUCUUCGGUUUCCGAGCGAGCAAGAUGCGCCAGGGCAAGAUCUCUGCGCUCAUCCACAACUCUGCAAAGUUCCCCGAUCUAGACCAUUGCGAGGUCUCUGUGCAUUUCCAGGAAGUAAUGGAUCAGCCCGGCGGCGGCCAUACAGUCAUCCCCGAUUCCCAGCUCAUCAUCUCACGAAAAGCCUUCAAGAACAAUUCCAGCAAAUACUACAUCAACGGCAAGGAGUCUAAUUUCACUACGGUGACUACGCUCCUUCGCGAUCGCGGCGUUGAUCUCGAUCACAAGCGGUUCUUGAUCUUACAAGGCGAAGUCGAGUCCAUUGCUCAGAUGAGGCCCAAGGCAGCAAACGAGCACGACGAUGGCCUCCUCGAGUAUCUUGAAGACAUCAUCGGUACAUCCAAGUACAAGACUCCCAUUGAAGAAUCCGCAACAGAGGUGGAGGAGCUCAACGAGGUGUGCGCGGAGAAGAACGGACGUGUUCAACACGUUGAGAAGGAGAAGAAUAGUCUCGAGGACAAAAAGAACAAGGCUGUCGCGUACAUGCGAGACGAGAACGAACUGGCGAUGAAGCAGUCUGCGCUUUACCAGCUGUUCAUUCGUGAAUGCAACGACAACGUUGCAGUCACUCAGGAAGCUAUCAACCAGAUGCAGGCUCAGCUUGAUGUUGAGCAGGAGAAGCAUCAAGGUAGCCAGCAGCUCAUCAAGGAUCUGGAGAAGCGACAUUCCAAGGCCGGCAAGGAGUUUGACGCGCAAGAGAAGCAGGCCCAAAGCAUGGCCAAGGAGUUGUCCAAGUUUGAACAGGAAAGGGUCAAAUUCGACGAGAAGCACAAGUUCUUGGAGGAUAAGAAAACCAAACUCGAGAGAACAAUCGCCAAUGCUGAGAACACUUCGGAAGAGGCCGACCAGACCAUCUCUGAUUGCGCCGAGGAGAUCAAGAGCCGCGCCGGCCAGAUCGCCGACCUGGAGGAGCAGCUCAAAGAAGAAGAGGCUGAAUUGGCCAAGAUUCGAGAGGAUCUCAAAGGGAAAACACAGGCAUUCUCUGACCAAAUCACCAGCAAGCAGAAGUCACUCGAACCUUGGACAGAAAAGAUCAACCAGAAGCAGUCGCAGAUCACGAUCGCUGAGAGUGAGCUCAACAUUCUCCGAGAAAAGGCCAAUGCUGGUGCUGUUGCCAUGAAGGAACUCGAAGGCAAAAUCUCUGCCAUUGAGGAGGGCAAAGCCUCUAAGCAAGAAGACUUCAAGAAGUACGAGGCCGAAAAAGAGGAGCUCAUUCAGGAAGCGGAGAAGUUGGAGUCUGAGCUCAAGAUUCUCUCUGAGCAAGAGCCCAAGAUGAGGGCCAAGAUCUCCAGUGCGCGUCAAAAGGCGGACGAGGCUCGCUCCAGCUUGGCCAGCACCCAAUCGAGGGGCAACGUCCUCUCUGCUCUCAUGCGUAUGAAGGAGUCGGGUCGGAUUGACGGCUUCCACGGACGCUUGGGCAACCUCGGUGUGAUUGACCCCAAAUACGACGUCGCCGUGUCCACUGCCUGUCCCUCUCUGGACAACUUCGUCACAGAGACCGUCGAAUCCGGCCAACAAUGCAUCGAGCACCUACGAAAGUACAAUGUCGGACGCGGCAAUUUCCUUUGCCUGGACAAGCUUCGGUCUCGAGACAUGUCCCCAAUCCAAACCCCCGAGGAUGCCCCCCGGUUAUUUGAUCUUAUCCAAUCCAAGGACAAGAAAUUCCUGCCAGCUUUCUAUCAAGCCAUGCAAGAUACCCUAGUUGCAGCAGAUCUCGCCCAAGCAAACCGCAUUGCUUACGGUGCCAGGCGCUGGCGAGUAGUCACGCUUGCGGGUGAGCUCAUUGACAAGUCUGGAACCCUGUCCGGUGGUGGAAAUAUCGCCAGAAGGGGCCUGAUGUCCUCGAAGCUUGUAGCCGAUACGACUAAGGAGCAGGUUACCAAGCUUGAGGAGGAUCGGGACCACUGGCAAUCCAGGUUGCAGGAACUCCAGGAGUAUCAGCGCGAAUGUGAGACCCGUCUCAGAGAGAUCAACGACAAGCUGCCGCAACUAGACACGAAAAUGCAGAAGCUCAGCCUCGAGCUUGGAAGCUCCACGCGCAACAUUGCCGACUUGCAGCGCCGCAUCAAGGAGGUGGCCAAGGAGCACCAGCCCUCGGCCGAUGACGACAGCCGUGCAGCUGCGCUCCAGAAAGAAAUCGCCAAGCUUACCAAGGAUAUCGAGAAGCUGCACGGGGAGACUUCGAGCAUUGAGGAAGAGAUCAAGGCCCUGCAGGAUAAGAUUAUGGAGGCAGGAGGUGAGAAGCUCAGGUCGCAACGAACUAAGAUCGACUUUGUCAAGGAGGAGAUAGCGGGUCAUCACGAGGAGACUUCGAAUGCCGAGGUACGCAAGGUCAAGGCUGAGAAGCAAAAAGUCAAGCUCGAGAAGGAUCGUACCAAGGCUGUCAAGGAGCUCAACAACGCUGCAGAGGACCUUCAAAAGCUUGAGGAUGAUAUCAACAACCAGGGCGAGAAGGCCGAGGAGCUGAGCAACCGCGUGUCAGAGGCCGAAGAGGUCCUUGCAGCUACGAAGAAGGAGCUCAAGGCGCUCAAGGCAGAGCUUGACGAGAAGACCAACGAGCUUAACGAAACACGAGCCAUCGAGAUCGAGAUGAAGAACAAGCUUGAAGAAAACCAGAAGGCUCUGAUCGAGAACCAGCGACGUCUUCGGUACUGGGACGAUAAGCUCUCCAAACUCACGAUGCACGAAAUCGAGGAUCUAAUGGGAGCGCCUGUCGGGGCCAGGAUAAAGCCAGACUCCCCCCAGAAGAAGCGAAAGCCGUCACCUAUGGAGGAAGACUCUGAGGGCGAGGGCGAGGAUGGUGACGAAGGGCGUACGGAGAAGUCAUCCGAGGAUGAAGAGAUGGUGGACGCCCCCGAAGAGGCGCCAGAGACCGAGGCUAACGAAGAUGAAGAAUCUGAUAAUCCUCCACAACAACUUCCCCGAUACACGCCCGACGAGCUCGCAGACAUGAGCAAGGAGACUCUUAAGGGUGAGAUUGCCGCUCUAGAAGAGAAGAUACAGAAUGUCAAUGUCGACUUGGGUGUACUAGCUGAGUACCGCCGACGAGUCGAGGAGCACGCCAGCCGCUCGUCCGAUCUCCAGACAUCUCUCAACCAGCGUGACGCCGCCAAGAAGAGGUGUGAUGACUUGAGGCGGCUGCGGUUGGAAGGCUUCAUGGACGGUCUGGGUGCCAUCUCGCUACGCCUCAAGGAGAUGUACCAACUCAUUACGAUGGGCGGUAACGCCGAGCUGGAACUAGUAGACAGCCUAGAUCCAUUCAGCGAAGGCAUCCAAUUCAGCGUCAUGCCUCCCAAGAAGAGCUGGAAGAACAUCAGCAACCUGUCUGGUGGAGAAAAGACUCUCAGCAGUCUGGCCCUCGUCUUUGCACUGCAUCACUACAAGCCAACACCUCUCUACGUCAUGGACGAGAUUGACGCCGCUCUGGAUUUCAGAAACGUCUCAAUUGUGGCGAAUUACAUCAAGGAACGUACCAAGAACGCCCAGUUCAUAGUGAUCUCACUCCGAAACAACAUGUUUGAGCUGGCAUCGCGGCUCAUUGGCGUAUACAAGGUCAACCACAUGACGAAGAGUGUGACGAUUGACAACAAGGACUUUAUCGAACGGCCGCCUGGGCAGGCCCAGCAGAGACCGGUAAUGGGUGGCGGCGGCCUGACGACGACGCUGGCACUGAGAUAG